ACAACCCAAAGUUAUUCACCCAAAAAAAAACAACCCAAAGCAAACUUCACAAACCAAACCUAGAGAGAGAAACGGAAAGAGAAAGAGAAAGGCGAAGAGACAAAGAGUUGUUUUCUGUCUCUGUAUAUCCAAGUAUACAGAGUCUUCUCCUUCCAUUUCUAUGUAGAUUUUCUUUUUCAUUUCCUUUUCAAUCUCUCCUUUCCUAAAUUUUCCUGAAAAAUCUGCAAUUUUCCCUAAUCUUCUCUGUUUUCAGUUGCAGAACCCACCAUUCCCCCUUGUAUAUUGUAAUUAUAUACAUAUUUCUGUUUCUUACAAACAUUUGAACGUAGAACCGAAAGGCUGAUUUUCAGUUUCUCUUCACUGUUUUUUGCCCCCUCUGCUUUCUGACAUUUUCCCGUCACUUUCUCGAGAAAAUAUGGAUUCUCGCCGUAUUCAAUCGGAGAAAGCCAAGGCGAUGAUCAGGUACCGCCGGCUCCGAAACGUUGCAAAAAUGUGGCGAAUCCUCGAAUUUCUCGUCGCUUUCGCGUUGUUGUCAUGGUCGUCGACUCGGCUUCCGAUCAUUGUCUCACUCGCCGGCCAGUGCCUUGUUCAACUCUCCGAUUAUCUCUUCAAUCCUCACAUUAAUUUCGUGAUCGGAAACGCAAUCAUCAUCGUCAUAGUCUUCCUUUCCCGCCAAAACAAAGCCGGAAACAACUCCUUCACCGGUGACGAGUACGGGAACGGCGAGGCUCACCAGAGAAUCGCUUCCAUCUCCGACGGCGCAACACCGACCCCGCCUCCUCCUACGGCGGCAGAGAUGGAGGAGACGGCGUAUGAGGACAAGCAGAUCGUCGUCUCUGAAAAUGUGGUUACUCAGAUGCAAUGCGAUGCGGCUAGUACCGCCAUAGAGCAGGCGAAGAAGCAGAUACAGCGGUUCCAGAGGACUGAGUCGGAGAAGUUGAAGCGAGACCUUCAAGCGAAUCAUCGUCCACAGCUCCGGCGAUCGGAGACAGAGAUUAAAGAAAGAUCAGUGGUGAGAAGGAGGGCAAUUUCGUCAUAUGAUGCUGUGGAUAGGUUGAACAGCGACGAGUUUAGGCGCACCGUAGAGUCGUUCAUAGCAGAGCAACGGAGGUUUCUGAGGACACAAAAGAUGGACGAAACGAACCAUUUUCUCAUUGACGCCCACGGAUUCGAAUGUACAGGCAUGGCUCCUUAGUCAGUCACUUUCUCGGGAAUUACUUGAGCAGGAAAAUUUCAUGGAAUUUCUCCUCUAACUAAUUUUUUUGCGUUUUGAUAUUUUCGCUGUCCGGUCUUUACUACUCGAA